GUCGGGAGGGGGCGCGCGAGCGGAGCCGAGCUGGGAGGUGCUGGGAGAGGCUGGCAGAGCCGGCCGGCCGCCUGCGUCUCCGCGCCGUUAGAGCUGCGUCGCUGGGCUCCGCGUACCCCCACCUCUGCUCAGGCUCCCGCAAAACUUUUAUUCUCUUGGGCCCCCCGGGGUGUCUGAAGGAAUCGGAGCACUCGGCCGGCUCUGUGCUCCCCUGCAGCGCCGGCCCCAGAGGGGACCUGCAUCCCUCGCCCGCCGGGCUCUCGCGCCCCGCGCCUCCUCACCUGCUGAUCGCACCCCGGAGCGGAGAGGGUGCACCCGAGGAGGGGCCGCGCGGGCGCCUGCGCCCCCGAACUCUCCCGCCUACCGAGGCAGACCUGCCCGGCGCAACUUUAACUUGAUUCCUUGCGCCCAGCUCGGGCACCAGCUGCUGCUGCUGCUGCUGCUGCCUUCGCCGCAGCCGCCUUCUCGGCCGCCGCCGCCUCACAAAGGCGCGCAGGGAGGGGAGGCGGCGCGGGCGGCGAGCACUGGCGUCGGUGCGCUGGGCGCGGGCCGCCGGGUCGCCGAGGCCGGGAGACAAAAGGGAAACUGCCUCUGUUGGCCGUGCCGGGUCGGAGUAGGGUGCCUCCUGCCUGGCUCCGCGGUCCUCCUUCCCCGGCCAUCGGCUGCUGCUCCGCCUCCCGCCCGGCGGACCGUCCCCGCAGUGCUCCGGGACCCGCAAGCCUUCGGGGCGCGCGUCGCUGCCGGCGGUUCGGGCUCUAGCGAUAAUAAAUGAUAGAGGAUACAAUGACUUUGCUGUCUCUGCUGGGUCGCAUCAUGCGCUACUUCUUGCUGAGACCCGAGACGCUCUUCCUGCUGUGCAUCAGCUUGGCGCUGUGGAGUUACUUCUUCCACACGGACGAGGUGAAGACCAUCGUCAAGUCCAGCCGGGACGCCGUGAAGAUGGUGAAGGGCAAGGUCGCAGAGAUCAUGCAGAACGAUCGGCUCGGGGGGCUCGACGUCUUGGAGGCCGAGUUUUCCAAGACCUGGGAGUUCAAGAGCCACAACGUGGCGGUGUAUUCCAUCCAGGGCCGGAGAGACCACAUGGAGGACCGAUUCGAAGUUCUGACGGACCUAGCCAACAAGACGCACCCGUCCAUCUUCGGGAUCUUCGACGGGCACGGGGGCGAGCAAAACACACUUUUGCAGACCAUCCUGGAGGCAAAAACUGCAGCUGAAUAUGUAAAAUCUCGACUCCCAGAGGCCCUUAAACAGCAUCUACAGGACUACGAGAAAGACAAAGAAAAUAGUGUUUUGUCUUACCAGACCAUCCUUGAACAGCAGAUUUUGUCGAUUGACCGAGAAAUGCUAGAAAAAUUGACUGUAUCCUAUGAUGAAGCAGGUACCACGUGCUUGAUUGCUCUGCUGUCAGAUAAAGACCUCACGGUGGCCAACGUGGGUGACUCCCGGGGGGUCCUAUGUGACAAGGACGGGAACGCCAUCCCCUUGUCUCAUGAUCACAAGCCUUACCAACUGAAGGAGAGAAAGAGGAUCAAGAGAGCGGGUGGUUUCAUCAGUUUCAAUGGCUCCUGGAGGGUCCAGGGCAUCCUGGCCAUGUCUCGAUCCCUGGGGGACUAUCCGCUGAAAAAUCUCAACGUGGUCAUCCCAGACCCAGACAUCCUGACCUUUGACCUGGACAAGCUCCAGCCCGAGUUCAUGAUCUUGGCAUCGGAUGGCCUCUGGGAUGCUUUCAGCAAUGAAGAAGCUGUCCGGUUCAUCAAGGAGCGCUUGGAUGAACCUCACUUUGGGGCCAAGAGCAUAGUUUUACAGUCAUUUUACAGAGGCUGCCCUGACAACAUAACAGUCAUGGUCGUGAAGUUCAGGAAUAGCAGCAAAACAGAAGAGCAGUGAGCCCUUCAGGGCUCAGCUGCCGUAGACUAAAGGACUUUCAACACACUGGUCUCUUUUAAUGUCGUGAAGCUGUGGAAGUUACAGUUAGGAUCCCCCAUCCCAGACGUGGGAUGCCCCCUCCCUGGCGGUCUUAGGUCUGUAUCCAGUGACGAUGAAAAGAGGGCCGAUGUUGAGAGGCUGGAAGAUCGUUUUUUCAUGUUUCCCGAUUCAUCCAACGUUCAAAAUGUACAAAUAUCUAGUCGUAGAGUCACAUGUAUGACGUGCAUGGCGUAUGUGCCAUGUGUUCUCCCUUUUAAGGUUCUUUUCAAGAUUUCAAGAUCCCUUACAGGGCCCUCCAGGCAUCAGACUUUGGAGUAGUGAGCAGGGCAGGCUGCCCAGAGCUGCAGGAGACAGGCCCCGGCGUCCCCUGCGCGUCAGGGUGGCAGUUCUCUUACUGAGGGCAGAGCUGCCCUGCGGAGGCUUUGCCCUCCUGCGCCCAGGUUUUCCACUCCGCAGCAGCCCAGAAACCGAUUUGGAGUGGUUUGCUGUUCCGUGGCUGCUCUUGGAAACGGAGGGAAGAAGAGACUGCAGCGGCUACACAGCAGAAGUCGCCUUUCCCCUCCUCCCUUUAUUCCUUGUAUAGACUUGUGUACCCUCUAGCCGGUCUUUGUGCCAGUCUUUGUGCGCUUAUUCUAAUCCUGCAUGACCUUAACCUUUUGCUUACACCUUACUGUAUGUAAUAGGCAGCUGUUAAACUUCACCACUGGAAGCCACGUUUUUUUUUUUUUUUUUUUUUUUUUUUUGUCUUUUGUCACCAAGAAACCUAUUAAGGGAAGUCAGAAAAGCAAAUCACAGUUAUCAUAAUUCCUUCCAUCUUUAAGGGUAGAUAGGGGGCGGGGGGGAUAAUGGCUGAAUGAGUCACAGAGCCCCCUUAGAAAGUUGCUUGUUUGCAUUGGGAGAGAAAGUUGGGGAGGUUACUACCCUGAAUUGAGCUCCAGCUGCCAGUUGUAUGCCCUCCCCCUCUUCUCCCAUCCUAGUAGCUUUCAAGUAUCUUUCAAGGAGUGUUCUGAGAAGCAGCAGAACUGCAUGAGUACUUCUUGAAACCCAGGCCAGAGUUCCCACCCACAUUUUGGAGUUUGGUGGUAAAUUGUGGGAUGCGCUUCUCCAUGACUGUGGAGAAGCAGGUAGCUUCCCCAGGCCAACCAUUCAGUGACCACAAAGCGGGUUGGGAAUUCAAGCCCAAACCGGUAUUGUAAGGCAGCCCAGAGUUAUUCUGGGGCCAGGCUUGCUGCUCUCUGUUUCCUAUUACCAAAGUCACAUUUCCAAUCUCAGUAUUUUAUACGUUAAUUGACAGAAAAUGCUCAGGCAUCCUGUUUGCCUGACGGCGGUGGCUUACGCAGCCAAACAGGAUUUUCCGUGCGUUCCCAGCCCUGUGUCUGAAAUGCCAGGGUGUCCACCUGGCUCUGUUCUUUCUGAGUCGGCAUUUGUCAUUAUAGCUUCUCAAAGGCCCCAUUCGCUUUCCACAGCUGGGAAGCUUCUCUGAAGCAGGUUCCAGAGAGAACCCGGGAGGAUGAAGAGUCCCUUGUGGUCACCAAGGACUGCAGUCUGUCGAUUUCCUCCCAGCACUUACCUUUCUUUGACUCCAAUGAGAAUGAAUAACAGUUUCCCAAGAGCUUUGAUUACUUUCGUAAACUGUGAUUUUAGAAUUCCAACAUUAGGAUUAGAACCUUGAUAAUUUUUAAGCCAUAGAAUGUCCUAGUACAAAAUACCUACCACCAUGUAGACUGAGCUCUUUGCCUAAUUAAGAGGCACGGAACAGUUGGAUGUGUGUAUUUGGGGUGGGGGUCAGGCGGGGAAUGUGGGGAACACACUGACUAUGGUCAGUGUGGGAUUAUCAGGCCAGGUGGCCCGAGUUUGCCUGAAGAUUUAGGAUGUUCUAACUCCAGAAAGUUACCAAAGCCCAUCAUCCAACUCAAGUUCAAGAAUAAGCUCUUUAAUUUUACGGUACACAGUCAAUUUUCCUUUUUUAUUUCUAACUCCAAAAUUCAUAAUCAUAAGGAAAGAUGUUUUUAAAUGCCAUGAUUGUUGUUGUUGUCCAAAAUUAAAAUAGUAUGGUUUUGGUGAGGAUGAAAAAGAAAAGCUACUAAGUUAAAUUAGUAAGUUAGUGUUGUUUGCUGCAGAACAUCUCAGUAGGUGGUGCUGAGGGCAGGAGUGCAUGACUGUCCCCCUAGCUGAGGUUCACACGGCAUCUUCUACGUUUUGCUUUGUAGAAUUAAUUCAUUUCUGACUUUAACCACGUAGUAUGUGUAUUUCCUAUUCCCUUUUUCCCUCUCAUUUUGGCUUGUAAUAUAGAUUUUUAAAAGAUAGAAAUUCUAGGCAGAAUAGUAGCACUUUGGUUAAUACCUAUGUCUACAAAAUACUGCAAUCAGAGUAUUUUGCUCCCUUUCCCUGUCCUGGAGCUCUCUCUCUCUGACCCUCCUCCAGCUGUUGGGGGUCUACAGACUCACCCUCUGGGUGCCCUGUGGCUCCUGGCUGCUCCCUUCUCCUAGGGACAGGGAAGGCUGUAUGUAGCCACUAGGGAAACUGAGUUGAGGAGUUUGCAUGUGAAGCCUCCCUAAACAGCACUGCCAAAGCUUUGGAUUGUCGCCGAGGCUGCCCAGACUCCCCAGCCCGAGUUCACCUUGCCAAUAGCUCCCAUGGUGCCAAAUCUGGGAUGGUUUUUCAGUCCUUUGGAAAUGAAGCUGGGAACGAAUGACCACAUGCCAUGAGCCCCCAGCAAGAUGCCAAGCCCAGGCCUCCUCCAUGCGCUGCUCUGCUACUUACUGCUCCACUGGCCACUCUUAAAAUGGAUCGGGAUUUUGGGGGGGGGGGGGCGCGGGGAAGGGAAAAUUUAAAAAAAUCAUUGUAUUUGCAAUUCUCUAAUCAGUGGAAUAAAUGAUACUUACAUAGAAACUUCCAAAGCCAGUUCCCAAGACCUGCAUUUAUUUAAUGUGAUCCAUUAGCCCAACUCUGAAGUUGUAGUUCUCAUGCACAUAUGUACACAUUACUGGUUACCAGUGGCCUCUUGAAUCUUGUCUAUGUAAUACUCUUAUUUCAGAGUGUUUUAUAGAGUGAAGGGGCAUAUGCAAUCUGGAUAAGUUAAAACAGGCCUUAUUUCAUACAACUUGAACGAUGCCAACCCACGUGCAUUUUGUGCAAACAUGAUUGCAUGAGAGUGAUGACAUUAUCGUUUUAAUCCUAGAGUAAUUUUAGGAGAUUGAUUACACUAUUGAAUUGGGAUAUCUAUAUCACUGGGCUAUCUGACAAUACACAAGGGAUCCAGAAAGGCAGUGAUCACUUUUUUCUUUACCAGGCAAACCUUGAUUUCCUCCCACCCCCCAAGUUGUUUUCAGGUCAAACUCUUAAAUCUGAAUCCAUGCAGAAGGUUUAGAAAGGGCAACAUUUCAUUGUACAUUUCAAAGUAUAGUAAUACAUACUCUGGGUAAACAGUUUCCAAUGAUUUCAGAUUUUUUCCCCUCCUUUUGACCCAUCUCUAGAUUGAUCUUUCCUUAUUAUGCCCCCCAAAUUGCCUUAGCUCAUCACACCAGCAUUCCUGACCCAGAAAUGACAUGCCUGUUAGAUACCACACUGGGGCCUAUUUAACUGCCUCUAGAUUAAAUCAUGGAUAUCUAGACUUUUGAGCUAGUCAGCUGCAUACCACCGGAGUAAUAGAAUCUCAGUAUCUCCCAAAGUGAGUUCCACAGAACUUUACAUGUCCUGCAGAAGGGAGGAAGCACACCACGGAUGUAAUUUCAGUUAGGGUUGUGUUUUCCAGAUUAAUCUGACCACAGAAACUUUUUUUUGAGUAAAACUUAGUAACAUUCCAAGGAGCUCAUGUUCCAUAGGACACACUUUGGGAAAUUUUGUUAAAUGGAAAUAUUACUGUUUUUUCAUCCACUGUGAUAUGACUCUUUGUAGUUGUAGUACAAUUUGUAAUUUAGAAGCACCAAUCCUUUUGAGUAAGAGGCUGAGCUGUUCAUGAAAGCAGUUUUAAGAAAUAGCAUCCUUUACUGUGACCAUCAGCAGCCUCGCAUGGACAGUAGAAGCCCAACAAUCCUACCUGAAGCCCCAACCAUUG